AUCAGCUCUCUUCAUCUUGAGCUAGUGAGGAAUGGGGCAACAAAUCUAUAACAAUGAAGACAUGAGUCACCAGCCCUGCUCUUGUGUGAAACCCAUUAACUUCAGUUGAGACACUUCCGGUUCUAUAGGACUAUCGUGUAGCCAAUUGCACCCGAGGCGACCUAAGAGUAGCCCCGCGACAGCCCGCUCCACGAGUCGUGCAAUAUUGGUCUUAUUGCUACUGUCCAUACAGCGUACAUUUACCGUGUGAUGCCGAGACGAAAACACACAGGAAUGACUAACAGGAGCCUUCGUAUCGCUUCACCCGUUGUCAUGCCACACUGAAUAGCUUGUUCCUUCCGGCAAACAUCCCGGCGCAACAAUGAGUGCGAUAGAAGCCCUCUACAUCUUCGACGAGCAUAACAAUCUCAUCCUCUCCCACAGCUACCUCGGCCGUCCACCUCCCGCCACAACCCUUCUCCCACUCUACCUACAACACCCCUCUCCCCGCCCCAGCACACUAUAUCUUCCUUCCAUCUCCCCACCCACCCUCCUCUACUCCCUUGUCCAGGACAAUCUGCUCUUCCUGUCCCCCUCCUCGCACGAUGUCGAACCCCUCCUCGUCCUCGAAUUCCUCCACCGGAUCGCAGAAGCCUUUGAGGAGUUCCUCGGCAGUCCCUUGCUCGCCUCGAAGAUAACAGCCAAUUACGACAUCGUCGCCCAAAUCGUCGCGGAAGUGGCGGAUGCGGGGAUAGUAUGUCAGGGCGAAGCGAACGCGCUACGAGAUGUGGUUGAGACGGGCCCGGGUGUGCUCAACAAUCUCCUAGGCAAAGUCGGACUCCCCGGCGGACCGGCACCAGGAUUACAACUACAAUCGCAGUCCGGAGGACCUUCACUCGGCUCCCUCCAAAGACCAACCCUCUCCCCAGCCCAAAGCAGCCAAGGGUCCGCCAUCCCCUGGCGCCGCAGCAACGUCCGCCACACAAGCAACGAGCUCUAUGUUGACAUUGUCGAGACCCUCUCCGUCACACUCGCGCCCUCGGGACGACCUAUCGCAGCGUUCGCGUACGGGAGUAUAGCGUUUACGUCCAAAGUCUCUGGGGUGCCGGAUUUACUGCUCACGCUUUCUACGGGCGGGAAGAACGCGGGGAUGGGAAUGGCGAACAGGGGAGAUCAGUUGAGAGGCGUGAUGGAGCGGGUGGUGUUUCACCCCUGUGUGAGGUUGAACCGGUGGAAGUCAGAUGGGGUAAUGAGUUUUUUGCCGCCGGAUGGGAGGUUUGCUUUGUGUGGGUAUGAGGUUGAUCUGUUGGGUUCUGGUACGCCGAUGACGGUGGGAAAGGGGAGUGCGUGGAGUCAUCAGCCGAAUUUGCCCGUGCCGGCGAGCGUCGAGGUUACGACGGGGGUGGGAGGGGGUGGGAAUGAGUUUGAGGUACGGCUUGUGCAGCCUAGCUCCGGCUUGAGUGGAGGGAGUACGUCGGUGGCGGCGGCGAGCUUGCAGUCGAACCUUGGCUCAGGGGGUGGGAGAGGAAGUGCUGGCGGUGACGCCAAGGCGCCGUUGGUGGAGAACUUGACUGUGAAUGUGCCUUUACCUGCUGCGGUGCGGAAUGUAACGGAUCUCCGGCCGAGCAAAGGCGAAGCACAUUAUAAUCCGGCGGAUGGGAGUAUCGAAUGGAAGGUCCCAGCGAAAGACUUCGGCCCUCUGGGCGCCGUGCUUCGCUGCAGCGUUCAAGGACCAACCACGGACGAGGACGGAGACGCGGCAGUGAUGCGAAACGGCAUGACAGCCACCACUUACGAUUACACGGAUGACGAGCCAACGACCGAGCAGCACACAGCACUCACUGCCACAUCCAAAAGUGCAAAUGGUAGACAUGGAAACGGAGCUGGAGAUGGUGUGAGACGAGAGCUGAUGCCCACUUCCGCCACGCUCAGCUUUAGUGUUAAGGGAUGGUUGGCCAGCGGGCUGAAGGUGGAGAGUCUGCUACUGGAUACGAAGAAGAGUCGUGGGCUUGGGGCGGAAAUCAAGCCGUAUAAGGGUGUGAAGUACCUUACUGUUAGUCGGGGCGGGGUGGUGGUGCGGUGUUAGCUUGCAUGGUCAAUCUCGAAGUUCAAUACUCAUGAUAACCGCUAGAAGGAGUGCCAGAUCUCAUAGCCCGUAGAAGGCCGGUGAUGCUGAAAUUGGGAUCGCUUGGGGUGGUAUAUGUACAGCUCCGGUCCGCGAGAUACGCACUCUGUUCCGCUUGAACGUCCAUUUCUUGUCUUUGCGAGCUUCGAACAGCUUCACGUGCCACAAUCUACUCGCUUCAGCUCCAUUCCCGUCGCGUUCCGAGUUCUCCCUGUUCUGGUGUGAUUGCUACGCUUAAACUUGACCCAUCGCCUCCGCUCUCUGAUCCUCAAGCUUGGCGUAGAACAUAUCGCGAUUGCGGGUGGCUGGGACGUGGUAGCCUGAUGACGUUCAGUCAGCGUGUUCAACCGGAAUUGGUGACUCCGCGUGCGGGAGAAGUUUGUUCAAGUGCCGCAGCUGGUCUUGCU